AUAAUUUUUUAACUUUUAAACUAUUUACCAUUAAUUGUAGGGGAUCUUUUCUCGAUGGUGUAGAAGUCGUAUAUAAUAUUUUUGAUGGUUUUCACUUGUCCACUGCUCAAUUCAAUUUUUUUGGAACGACAACGUUUUCUUUUUGGACUUUUAAAAGAUAAACUAGUCGAUCCAUUUUUAUUUACGUCUCUACCUUCUUUUCUUAUUUUGGUUAAGGUGUUUUUGCUUAUACCCGUCGCUGCUAGAAUCCUAUCCCUACAAUUACCAAUGUUAAAUGUUACUAAACGAAAAUAUUGCGAAAAAAAUUGCAAAAGAUUGGCGUGAAAGAAGAAACAGUGCCUAAAAACUUGUGUAUUUGGUCAGAGCAUCCUUCCUGUUAGGAUGUAUGGCUCAUAAACAUGGACAUUAACAAAGGCCAACAUAAACAAAGUAGAAAGGACUCACAGAAAAUAUAUAUUGUAUUAAUUCAUGUUUUAUUCCAUGUUGGGAAUAACACUUCAAGAAAGAAAACCAAACAAAUGGAUAAGAGAGAAAACAAACGUAAAAAUGUAACUGAGCAUAUUCAGGGUUAAAGUGGAGAUUUGCAGGCCACAAUGCGAGACAGGAAGAUAAAAGAUGGAAUGCUGAAAUACAAAACAGGAGACCGUGGACGCAGCUGCAGGAACUCACUGGAAAAGCGCAGCUAAGGACAGACAGAUAUUGAAAGAUUUGGGGAAAGCCUAUGUCCAAAGGUGGAUAGAAAUGGGCUAAAGAAGAAGAAGAAGAAUCUGAUGAAACUUCAUAAAUACAAUUAUAAUAAGAAAAUAAGAAUAAUAGUAACUUUAAUAUCAAGAAAAUAAAAUGUCAUUAACAAUACUUACGUCAAUUUACUUAAAAGUAUUAACAGGUUUUCGGUUGUUUUGAAAUGUGCUGCCUCUUGUUCCAUAAAUGUAGUAUUAUAAAUGAUUGCUUUUGCUUGGCUAUUCAAUCCCAGCCCUUUGAUUCCUAUCUUUUUAUGAGGCAUAUUGUUAAAUAACUAAUGACUUAACUUAACGCACUAGAGAUACACUAAAUGUCUUAAUAAUACACUAAUUACUACUACUAAUAUACCAAACACUAAGCUAAAAACUAUUAAAAUAUCCGACAGGAUCAAACCAAUAAGUUAAACACUCUCUGCGAUACGUAAUGCACUUCUAACUACGACACUGGCAAUCAGCAAACUGGCCGUUUCCAUGGUAACGCUAGUAAACAAGAACCACUGCGCAUCAUCGAGUUUUGAAUCAUAUUCCCAAACUUAUGUUUGUCCGAGUCUAGGUGUGAAUACCGAAAACUUGUAUGCGGCGUGGCAACCACGUGCUUUUCACAAAACUGGUAGGAUAAGCUACCAGUGGCCCUUUCUGCAAAAGUCUAUGUAAAAAAUCGUUCAAUUUUAUUUUUGUUUUUUGCACAUGUGUCAUUUGGAAUAAACUACUUGGACAAAAAUUGAAGAUGUCUAGAAACCGACCGCUUACAGAAGCUGAACUCCAGUAUAUAGGAGACCAUCUAAGUGAUGAAGAGUAUUGUCUUUCCGAAUUUGAUGGAGAUGAGGAUGCGGACGACAAUUUCCCUGGGACAAGCUCAAUUUUCAGAACUCCGUCACAAUCCUCGACUACUAGUAUCGACAGCCAGCCGAAAUGUUCCAGUACUUCAGUACAGCACUUGAAAAGAGUGCGCCAAUGUACUCUUACAAGAAAUACAAAUAAUUCUAGUGGAAACGAAGAUUUUGAUGAUUCGGAUCAAGAUCCUGACUUUGAUCCAGAUGACGGAUUUGGUUUCAAGCACAACAAGCUGGUUUUUCUUAUUAACGAUGCAUAAUGAACUACUUUUACUAUUCAAAAGUAUAGUUUUACAAAAACAAUAGUUCUGCCCGUUAAAGGGUUAAAUGAAUCAUUUAUAAUACUGCAAAGAAAAUCAUAUCAGCAAGAAAUCCGAUCUCUGACCGAUAAUCACUAUGAGCCAUUUGUCUUUGAGAACUGGCACUAUAAAGUGUAAAAUCUGUGACGUGAUUAUAUUUGUUUUCUAUAUUAAGUUUUGUGUACACCAAAUAGAACCAUCUUCAUAAGCACCAUUAAUAGUAUGGUAUAGUUAGACCCAAACCUAGACAUCCAAAGUGAAAGUUAUCCUCCAACACCAAAUUGUUCUAUAUGGUCCACAUAAUGUUCAGAAAAAAGUCACACCAUUUUGUGCGUCGGGUUUGGGGGGAAGGGGGAGAAAUCUGCAAAUUAGUAGUUUUUUAGGUUUUUCGUCAAUAUUUCUAAAACUAAGCGGUUUAGCAUGAACAACCCCCUACACAAAAUUGUUCUACAUUAAAUUUGAAAUAAAAAAGGCCCUAUGCAUAACCCUUCUAAAAUGAACGGUUCCAAAGUUACAGAGGUAGUAUAGUAUAAUUAAUCCAAAAAAAAACCUAACCCAGACAUCCAAAGUGAAAGUUAUCCUCCAACACCAAAUGGUUCUAUAUGGUCCACAUAAUGUUCAGAAAAAAGUCACACGAUUUUGAGCGUCCGGUUUGGGGGGGAGAUGGGGGAGAAGUCGGUAAAUUAGUAGUUUUUUUUUACGUUUAUCGUCAAUAUUUCUAAAACUAUGCUUUAGCGUAAGGAAUGUUUUUAUAGAAAAAUGUUCUACAUAAAAUUUAAAACAAAAAAGGUUCUAUACAUAAUUGUUAUAAAAUCAACGGUUCCAGAGUUACGGAGGGUGAAAAGUUGAGGUUUUCGAUACUUUUUAUAUUUACCGAUUUCUCCCCCCUAUCCUCCCCCAAACCCGACGCUCAAAAUGGUGUGACUUUUUUCUGAACAUUAUAUGGACCAUAUAGAACCAUUUGGUGUUGGAGGAUAACUUUCACUUUGGAUGUCUGGGUUUUUGGUAUAGUUAUAUCAUAAAUAUUGCCCAAAAAAUAUAAAAAGUAUUGAAAACCUCGACCUUUCACCCUCCGUAACUCUGGAACCGUUGAUUUUAUAACAAUUAUGUAUAGAACGUUUUUUGUUUUAAAUUUCAUGUAGAACAUUUUUGUAUAUAACAUUGUUUACGUUAAAGUAAGGUUUUAGAAAUAUUGACGAGAAACUUAAAAAAAAUAAUAAUUUACCGGCUCCUCUCCCAUCUCCCUCCCAAACCGGACGCUCAAAAUGGUGUAACUUUUUACUGAACAAUAUGUAGACCAUAUAUAACAUUUUGGUGUUGGAGGAAAACUUUUACUUUGGAUGUUUGGGUUAGGCCUUUUUUGGGACCAGUUAUACUAUACUACCUCCGUAACUUUGGAACCAUUCAUUUUAGAAAGAUUAUGCAUAGGGCCUUUUUUAUUUCAAAUUUAAUGUAGAUCAAUUUUAUGUAGAGGGUUGUUCAUGCUAAACCGCAUAGUUUUAGAAAUAUUGGCGAAAAACUUAAAAAACUACGAAUUUACCGAUUUCUCCCCCCUCUCCCCACCAAACCCGACGCUCAAAAUGGUGUGACUUUUUUCUUGACAUUGUGUGGACCAUAUAGAACAAUUUGGUGUUGAAGGAUAACUUUCACUUUGGAUGUCUGGGUUAUGCCAUCUUUUGGAUCAACUAUA